AUGAAAGAAGUUAACAAAUCUCAAGGACUGUCACAACAAAGAACACUUAGUCAAUCCAGAGACAAUGUAUUGCCUUGUAUUUCGUGUCCUACACCGCUGCACAUCUGGCCUUGUGGCUGCUCGAGGAAACAUAACUUACAAAACCUUGAAACACCUGUACUAGUAGCUACUUACCCUGAACAAACACCUGUAUCAGUAGCUACUUACCCUGAACAAACACCUGUACCAAUAGCUACUUACCCUGAACAAACACCUGUAUCAGUAGCUACUUACCCUGAACAAACACCUGUACCAAUAGCUACUUACCCUGAACAAACACCUGUACCAGUAGCUACUUACCCUGAACAAACACCUGUACCAAUAGCUACUUACCCUGAACAAACACCUGUACCAGUAGCUACUUACCCUGAACAAACACCUGUAUCAGUAGCUACUUACCCUGAACAAACACCUGUACCAGUAGCUACUUACCCUGAACAAACACCUAUACCAGUAGCUACUUACCCUGAACAAACACCUGUACCAGUAGCUACUUACCCUGAACAAACACCUUUAUCAGUAGCUACUUACCCUGAACAAACACCUGUACCAGUAGCUACUUACCCUGAACAAACACCUUUAUCAGUAGCUACUUACCCUGAACAAACACCUAUACCAGUAGCUACUUACCCUGGACAAACACAACUGUAA